AUGAGAGCAUGGCAGUAUACAACCACCACAGGUGGCCUCGAGAAGAACCUCCUCCUCAAUGCAUCUGCCCCAGUACCCCAGCCCUCUCCAAGCCAGCAUCUUGGCCGGAUCCUGGCAACCUCAUUCAAUCCUGUUGACUAUAAAAUUGCCGAAAUCCGGCUUGUGAGCUACUUCGCCAUCCCGAAGCCAGCAACACCUGGCAUUGAUUUUGCAGGCUAUCUGGUCACCCCUGCCGCUGGAUCCGCCUUGAAACCUGGUCAACUUGUCAUCGGAGCCUCGGGCACAUCACUCUUGGCCGGAGGGGGCUUGGCUGAAUAUGCCGUCGCGAAGGACGAUCAAAUUGUGGCUAUUCCGGAAGGCUUGGGCCCAAUAUUGGCAUCCACAAUUUUUGUGGCGGGAAUAACAGCCCACCAAUCGAUCGUUCCAUAUGUUAAGGCGGGAGACAGGAUAUUCAUCAAUGGCGGUUCUGGAGGAGCAGGAGUCUUUGGCAUUCAGUUUGCGAAAGCCGUAGGGUGCCAUGUCAUGACCACAUGUUCGAGCACCAACGUCGAACUCUGCAAAAGUCUGGGAGCGGACGCUGUUAUUGAUUACAAAAAGCAGAACCCAUUGGAAGCUCUGAAGGCCGGUUCGCACCAGUUUGAUCAUGUCGUCGACAACGUCGGCUCAAACUUCGAGCUCUACUGGAAGUGCCACGAAUAUACCAGGCCCGGCGCCUUGUUCAUGGCUAUCGGCGCAGACAUCUCGGGAGCUUUCGUCAUGGAUACCAUAUCCAGAAAGUAUUGGCCUGCUUUCCUUGGGGGCGGAAAGCGGCAGUCGGUCCAUUUUGCCCCCAAAGCGCAGCCUACAGAUCUGGAAAAGAUCGCAACCUGGAUGAAAGAAGGCAGGGUGCGGGCCGUGAUUGACGAGCAGUUUACAUUUGAGCAGGCUCAUCAGGCGAUUGAGAGAUUAAAGACAGGCCGCGCAAAGGGGAAGAUCGUGGUUGAGGUUUCCUCCUAUGGCUCAACACAAGUCUCGAUGCGUUUUUGGAGAGGACCGUUUUGUGCAUUGUAUACGGUUACUGGAUGA